GAAACGCGAUUCAAAACAAAAUCGGGCAGCGAACGGUAACGUCGCGGUCGCUCUGCUGUCUGCGCGUGUGUGUUUGUGCGGGUGUGUGUGAAGAUUGUGUCAAAGCAAAUUGAAUUAAGUUCCCGAAAAUAAAAUACAGCUAAACUGCCGCUGAUGAUAGUGCCCACUUUUGAAUAAAUAAAAUUAUGCUGAAUUUAAGAUUGUGAAUGGGCGAAAGUAGCGCCUGCAUAUUAGAAAAUACCAAUAGGAAGGCCAAAAGUUCUGCAAAGCACAGAAAAGCGAGUGAGAGCGGGGCGCAAAAAGAGAAAGAGAGGCCCAACAACAGAUAGCAAAACAGAACACCAAAGUCGUUCGCAUCUGAGAGUAAUUUCUGCCAGUGAAUGUUUUAGCUCUUGAUCAACGCGCGUUUUUUUUUUGUUUCUCCUCAAAAAUCCAGUUAUUUUCGAAUGGUGCCUGAGAGUUUUCAAAAACAUCCAUCCCGUUUUUAAUAAACCCCUCCGGCCUAAUAAAAUUAUCUCAAAAUUAAAAGAUGCAGCAGGAAGUGUGAUGUCACCACAUUGGCCCCGCGGCAACAACAAGUUAUACUAUCGCCAGCAAAACAGCAAAUAUCGCCCUACAUCCACAACAACAACAGCAUUAACAACAAAGUCAGCUAUAUUGCAACGAUCCGAAGAUGUUGCGCUUGCAUUUGUCUUUGCUACCGCUGCUGCUGCUCAACACAUGCUUUCAUCAACACAUUUUCCAGCCGGCGGAAGCGACGGCGUUCCAUCAGUCAGGAGAAAAGCCAAAAGCACACACCACCGCCGACCAUUUAACCGUCCUCGACGAGUUCUCAACUCACACUGUGAUACGACCGCAGGUGGAACAUGGACGCACUAAGCGCAGCCUGCCAACCACUCUGGAUGCCACCGACGGCCUUCACACGCCGCACAUUACAUUGAGUUACACCCACGAGGGUAAAAGGGUUACCAUUGACCUGCAGCGAAAUGAUCGCUUGCUGCCGGACACCCACUUCCUGCGAUACCAAAAUGCCAGCGGAGAAGCCACUCCUAGCCAUGUGGUUCGCAACUUCACCAAGACUGAGGUUGAUUUAUGCCACUAUCAGGGACACAUUCGUGGUCAACCGGACUCUGUGGUAGCUCUCUCCACCUGUGAUGGUGCUCUGGAUGGCAUCGUUUUCGAUGGCAAGCAAACGUACAUUAUCCAUCCCCAUGUCCACGGCAAGGGGCGACUGCAGGAUGACCACUAUCUGCUCAGGAUGGUAGAUAGACAUCCAACGAACGCCACCUGUGGCUAUGACAGCCAUAGGGACGACCACAGUCACGACCACGAAAAUAAUGGACUUGGCGGGGAGAUUCCUUCACUGCCAUUCCGCCUUGAUGGCGGCGAAUUCCAGAGAACUCUGCUCCGGAAGAGGCGUCAUUCGGACGAUAGCAAUCAAUUGAUCCGGGGCCCAUACAAUGCCAACAAAUACUCCAGCUACGUGGAGCUGGUCAUCGUCGUGGACAACAAGGUGUACAAGAACAUGCAGGAGAGCUCGAAGAAGGUGCACCAACUCUGCAAGAAUCUGGCCAACAUAAUCAAUGCGCUCUAUGUCCCAUUGAAUAUAUUUGUGGCCCUUGUGGGCGUUGUAAUCUGGAACGAAAACAACGAGAUGGAGUUUUCCAGCGACGGAGACGUGACGCUACGGAACUUUUUAAACUACCGUAGCACCAAACUAGUGCGAGAGCACCCCAACGAUAAUGCCCAGCUGCUGACCAAAGAGAUUUUCACUGGCGGCGUAGUGGGCAAAGCCCUAAAGGGACCCAUCUGCACGUAUGAGUUUUCCGGAGGAGUAAGCAUACAGCACAGUCCCAACACCGCAAUGGUGGCCACCACAAUGGCUCACGAGAUGGGUCACAAUUUUGGCAUGGAGCACGAUACACCAGAAUGUCAUUGUCGGGAUGAAAAAUGUGUGAUGGCUGCCUCGAGUACUUCGUUCAUUCCGGUUAGCUGGAGUAGCUGUAGCAUUGAUCAGCUAACGAUAGCCUUCUCGCGUGGCAUGAACUACUGUCUGAAGAAUAAGCCAGAAAAGCUAUUUGAAUCGCCAACCUGUGGCAAUGGUUUCGUUGAGCCUGGGGAACAGUGCGAUUGCGGAUUGCCGGAAUAUUGUGAGAAUAAUUGCUGUAAUGCCGAAACCUGCAUGAUGCACUCAAAUGCCUCCUGUGCCACCGGAGAAUGUUGUGAUCUGAGCACCUGUCGUCCCAAAUUAGCGGGCAGUGCAUGUCGAGAAGUUGAAAAUGAGUGUGAUUUACCGGAGUACUGUACUGGAGAGUCAGAAUACUGUCCGGCGGAUGUGUACCGACGUGAUACGGAGCCCUGUGACGGAGGUCAAGCCUUCUGUUUCCAUGGCACUUGUCGAUCCCACACGAAUCAGUGCCGAACUUUGUGGGGACCCACGGGUGAGAAUUCCGAGCACUGCUACAACAAGAACAUGGAGGGCACCAGGUUGGGAAACUGUGGCUUCAAUCGUCUGAAUAAGACUUUUCUACGUUGCGAUGAGGAGCAUGUCAAUUGUGGAAUGCUGCACUGCAUCCACUUAAACGAAAGACUCGAAUUCGGCAUGGAAUCGGCGGCUGUAUUGUCACAUUCCUACAUCAGUCACGAUCGUAAGAUUGUGGCCUGUCGCACUGCCUUGGUGGAUCUGGGUUUGCAAACCACAGAUCCAGGACUAACGCCCAAUGGAGCUAAAUGCGGUGCGGAUAAGAUGUGCGUGGACCAGCGAUGCCUGCCAGUGGCCACGGUUCGGCAGAAGGGCAUGGGAUCUCCAUGUCCGGACGAUUGCAAUGGCAAUGGCAUUUGCAAUAGUCGAGGCCACUGUCACUGCGAUGUCGGCUUUGGCGGCGAAUCUUGUUCGAAGGCGGGGUCUGGAGGUUCUCCCGACAGUGGACCAGCCACAGAUCCAAAUGGUUCUGUGGGUCUCAAGCGAUUCCUGUACGUGCUGUUCUUCAUCGUUUUUCCUGUUGUGGCCUGCUUCUGGUGGCUCUAUCAUUGCUACAAGAACGGAUGGUUUACCCGUGGAAAGCUGGCUGACAAUAUUUUGAAACCCUCUGGAGGAAGCAAGCCCAUCACCACGCGUACCAGUCAAAAUGGCAGUGGUCCACCAACAGGGAAUGGACUACUAAAAUCCACUCCUAGCAGUACGGAUGAUAUGGAUUCGGCUCUAUUGAAAUCCCCAAGUGAUUCCACACCCACAGCUGGAUUGUUUGGAAAAUUCGAUGGUUUCACUUUACGUCCGCUGAACGAUGCCACUUCGCCGGCAAGCAAUUACAGUGGACCGAAUGUGGCCUUUGUGCAGCCCACUGUGCAACAGGAUGGACCACAGAGAAUGGCACCACCACCGCCGGCUGUUAAGCCAGGAACUGCUCCCGUUCAUCCGCCAUCUCCGAAACCAGAAGCCACUUGGGUAAGGCCAGCGCCUGCCUUGCCUCCACCUAAUCCUGGUUCUACGGCUCGUCCUAUUAUUUCACCACCCAAAUUGGAUUCCAGUACAUUAACCAUGGUGCCGCUCAAAGGCAGCACGGAGGAUCUCUCGCCCACUCGAUCCGCUCCAGCUCCUCCAGUUCCCCUACACGCUGAUCCUAAGCUGAAUAUUAAAAGAGAUGGUACCAUACGCCGAUUCGCUUCGUUCCUGAAGAAAGAGGAGAAGCCACCGCUAAAAGAGAAGACCUACAUCGAUCGGGAGCGACUGCGAACGUUGGAAAUUUCUGCUCCCAUGCCUGUUCCCGCUGCGGCUCAAACGGAGUCCUCCAACUCCGAUUCGGAGACAACGCCCCGCGAAGAGGAGACUCAGAAUCUGGUAAAACGAGCCCAAUCCAUGCGAUCGCCAACGAAAAAGACUCCACUACAGAGCUUUGGAUCCAUGCGUUCACCUCCUGGACUGCCGCGUCCCAAAAGUGGUCAAGUGAACAGCAGUGGGACUUCGAGACCCAAGUCGCCGCCACCAAGGCCUCCGCCUGUGGUAGUCAAGAAAACCAACUCCACUAUUAGCUCUUCGGGAUAUCAGAGGCCAGUGGCCACAGCCCAGAGAUCAGUGGAGAAUACCUACGACGACUGUGAGUUUGUGGAGAAUGAAGUUCGAGCCUCCAACGAUGAUAUAUAUUCCGUGAUUGAUGAGAUUCCACCAGCGGCACAGACCCUCAAACGAAGCGAUUUGGUUGCCAACAGGGCGAGUAACGGCAGCGAUAUGGGAUUGCUGAAUGAAAUUGUCAAUGAGCUGGAAAAGAUCAACGGGGACUCCAUAUAUUCAGGGAAACCCGUUGCUACUGCAGCAGCAGCUCCACCUCCUGCAGAACCUCCAAAAAGUCCUCAGCGACCUGCUCCACCUAAGCCAGCGAGCAGUGUGCUGGAGGAAAAGGCAGCCAAUGCAUCUGCAAGCACAUAUCACCGCCCUCCCCCAGUAAAUGCGCCUGUGGCAAGGGUUAAACCUACGGUGGCGGAGAAGUCACAGCCCAGCAUGUCGAGCUUCAAACCGCCGGCGGGUACCGGCGGUCAGUCGCAGCCAGCGCCAGUUGUACAGCUGGCCAAGAGGAGCAGCAGCGGCAGCAUCACCGGAGGCACUAACUCCACCCGUCCCAAAUCCUUUAUGAAGAGCACAACGAAAACACUGCCCAAUGGAACGGCGGGAGCGUCGGUAACGGCGCCCUCGGCCACCAUCCAGAAGCCCAAACCGCUCUCGGCAAAGCCAUCGUUUAGCGGCGGAGGAGCGGGUGGAGUUCUGGGAAAGCGGACGAAUGGUGGUGCAGCGCCCACGCCUCCCACCGUAAAAGCAGCGGUGACGGUGUCGGCGGCGCCAAAGUCCAACAUUGCAUCGCUGACACAGCGAUUCGAGCCGAGCAAAUAGACUAAGGAAAACUAUGAUAAGUGGCAUGACCAUGGGCAUAGCAAAAAAUAUUUAAUGUAAAAAAAAUGUUAGAUCGAUUAUUAAGAACUGAUUAUUACACUUACCAAUUUUUAAUGAUUUAAUACUAAAUAUUUAAUACUUUGGAUAGUAUAGUUUAAUAAUUUUCUGAUUUAUGAUUUGUUUUAAGAUAACUGGAAAGCAAAUUCUUUUAAAUUCAAACUUUUAUGUCUUUGUGUGAAAAUUAGUAAACCUUUUAGCUUAUAUUCUCUGCCAUUUUGUGAUUCUUGGCUAUGCUCUUGGUCUGUCUAAAACCCCACCCAGCGUGGAAUUGACUUAAGUUUUAGUUAAGAUACGAUCAAAUUGUAUUUGGCACUGACUAUGACUACGACUACGUCGCCUUUGAUAUUCAUUCCUUUACCGAUGUCCCACUAGUUAGACGUAACGCGUUGCUUAACUCAUGUGCUAAGUAUGUAUCUCAAUGGUUAAAUGUUUAAGCGCUGCAUGUGAAGUUUUAUUUUAGCCCCUAACGUUUAGCUGCGUACUUGUAUCUGUAUCUAUACUCUACUUUACGGUAAUCCCUUGUAUUUAUGUAUAUGUUUAUACGCAAUAUGCUUUUGUAAAUAAAAACCAAAGAAGAAGUUAAAUUGUCACAAAAAAAAAAUAAGAAAAGAAAAACAACAAGCACCGCCUCGAAGUGAUCAAUUAAAAAGUGUUGUAUAGUUGGGGAUAUUAACAAAGUAAUUAAAGAUGUCGUUUCAGUAGCGAAAUCAAUUUAAAUUUUCUCAAUGUUGCAAAGAAUUAUGUUAUGCCCCAUAUGUAAGAAAGAUAUCAAAUGUGUAUAGAACCGAAGUUAUGUUAAAAUAUAUGUUUAACCAAAUUAAA